AAGCACAACAGUAUUUAAUGUUUACUGGAAAAGGAAAUUGUUGCAAAUAUUAGUGUUGACAAUUACCGCAAAUAAUUCCUAAUAAUUUGAAACAAGAUCGUCUAUUGUUACAAGCUUCAGUGUGUUGAAAAGUAAAAAAUGUUAAACGCGCUUAUUAGUAGAUCCUCACAGUAUUUACUGUAGUCCGGUUGUUGUUAUAUUAGAGCCAUAAGAACUAAAUUUUUUAUAAGAAAUAUGGUUUUUAAAGAAAUUAAGCGGAGCCAAAGUCAUUAUAAUGUCGGAGCGAGGCCACAGAAAACUGAUGGAUCAGAUGUAUCCUGGAAAUUUUGGAAGACCAGAAGGUACAUAGUAGCUUUAUUAGCUUUUCUCGGAUUCUUCAAUCUUUACACCCUGAGAGUUAACUUAAGUGUGGCUAUCGUGGACAUGACGCAGAAGAAAAAUAUAACGCUGGAGAACGGUGACACAGUUGUGAAAAGUGAAUUCGACUGGAACUCUCAGCUUCAAGGAUACAUUUUAAGUUCUUUCUUCUAUGGUUAUCUUACCACCCAAGUAAUUGGAGGAUACUUAGCGACCAAAUUUGGAGGAAAAAAUAUAUUUCUGAUCGGUGUAGGUAUUACAGCUUUACUCACGUUGUUUACGCCAAUUGCGGCCAAAAGCAGUGCCUACUUUUUAAUAGCUAUAAGAAUUGCUGAAGGAAUAUUUGAAGGUGUUACUGUUCCCGCAAUAAACGCCGUUUGGGCCCAAUGGUCUCCUCCAUUGGAAAGAAGUCGUUUGAUAACGAUAUCGUAUUCGGGAAGCUUUGUAGGAACUGUUGUAGCGAUGCCUGUGUGUUCUCUCCUUGCGGCAUCCAUGGGCUGGGAAAGCAUAUUUUACACGUUUGGUGCAGUUGGCCUACUUUGGUGUGUAUUUUGGAUAUUUAUUGUAUCUGAUACGCCAGCUGGAGACUCGUCAAUUAGUGCGAAGGAACUAGAAUACAUACAAAAGUCCAUCGAAAGUGAAAAUAGUCAAAAGAACGAAGAAAAUACGCCAGUACCAUGGCUUUCCAUGUUCACUUCUUUACCAGUGUGGGCUAUUGCCGUUGGGUUCUUCUGUGAGACUUGGGGGUUUUAUACCAUGCUCACCUACUUACCUAAAAUUAUGAAAAAUGUUCUGAAGUUUGACAUAAAAUCAGCUGGUUUCAUAUCAGCAUUGCCUUAUCUAACCAUGGCGAUUAUGAUGCAACUCGGUGGUCAAAUUGCAGACCGUCUGAUGGUAAAACAAAUUUUAUCAACCACUCAAGUGAGAAAGUUGUUCACAUGUGCGGGUUUUCUUUCACAAAUGGCUUUUAUUCUUGGAGCCGGUUUCUGGCUGUCCCAAGCAGGUAUAACAUUUUGCUUGGUUAUGGGUGUUGGAUUUGGAGGAUUUGCUCUGGCUGGAUUUGGAGUUAAUGGAUUAGAUAUAGCUCCCAAAUAUGCCAGUAUUCUUGUAGGAUUCAGUAACUCUUUUGGAACUGUCCCAGGAAUUAUCAGUCCUAUACUAACUGGAUAUUUGGUAACACAUGAGGACGAUAUCAACGAAUGGCGAACAAUAUUUUAUAUAUCAUCGGCGAUAUAUCUCUUUGGAGCGAUAUUCUAUGGUAUAUAUGCAUCUGGACAGCUACAGCCAUGGGUUCAGACAAAUCUCAGUGUUGAUCAAGUUGAUGAAGAAAAAUAUCCCGACAAAACUACAACAAAGCAAAUAUCUGAUAAUAAAAUUUCUCAAACAUAAAAUAAUCAUCAUAAAACUAAUAUUUGUUUGCUAAUUUCUUAAAUUACCUUGUAAAAAUAGCAGGUGCGGAUUGAAUCAAUUUUUAUUGUUAUGUUUGUGAUACAAAUCUCG